GAAGGAUUCAGGGAUUCAAGGCCGGUCAGAUAAGGAUGGUUGCCUUUCCAGCAGACAAAGACGUUUUUGUUUGGUGGGAAAACAGGUGUGAGUUGUGUGCAACAUGACAACUGCACUGACGUCAAAGCAAGCGUGUUACAAAUAAUCACUUUUGGAAUGUUUUAAGUUACAGAUGCAUGCACAUAUUCUGAGUAGUAUUUGAUAUUUAUUUUACUCAUUCUGCAGCUUGACUGCCCAAAAGCAGCUCUACAGGACAGUAAAGCUGAAACCCUAAUGCAGACACCCUCUCUUUGUACUGUGCGAAACAAAUGCAAUGCAACAUCCCAUCCUUCAAGGCCAUUCUUUGCUAUCUUCCAUUUGCCAGCAACAAAAUGCUUUGAGACUUCACAGAUAGCAGCAGAGCCUAAACAAAUCUGUGUUACAAUAAGAGAAGUCACCAUUUUCUGCAGCUAACUUGAAAGCAGUAGAUCAAAUAUAUUCAGGUUUAUUUUCUGGACUUUUUUGUUGUCACACCUGCAAGAUUUUUGUGCGGGGGAAAGUGGUUAUCAUGGUGUCCUUUGCCGCCUACAUCCUGGCCACCUUAUUGAUUCACGGUGCGAUUCAAGCCUGCAGGGCCGAGGAGCUGUCCCGGGACGCUGUCCUGUCCUGGUUCAGAGAGCGGGUCCUGGAAGGACUCGGGCUGGAGGAGCCGCCUCCGACAACGGUGCAGGAUCCCGACGGGGACACGGCGCAGGCACGGGCGAGGCAUCAGAGGGUGCCCAGGACGAGCAGAGCAGCGUGGGUCAAUCAUCGCACCAGCCCGUAUGAGGAAUCGUCUCAGAUGAUUCUAUUCCCCAGUUUUGACUCAAUUUGUUCCAGAUCUGACUCAGAAACCACCGACACAGACUUCACGUAUUACUUCCAACCGUCCAUCAACAACCAGGACACUCUGGUGACCUCUGCCCACUUCUGGUUCUACGCAGGAGAAGGAGCUACCACCAACUCCUCCGCCUCACUGUCCAUUCUCACUUCGGCACAGCAGAUCCUUCAGGCGGCAGAGGCUCCAUCGAAGUGGACCUCCGACGGGUGGACCACCUACCAGCUGGAUCAAAACCUGCUGGCCCCUGUUGCAGAGGGCCCCUUCCUGCUUCAGGUCCGCUGUCCAGCCUGCAAAUGUCACGCUAACGAAUCGGACAAGAUGCCCUUUCUCCAUCUCCACGUUCAGCCUCGUGGUCCCGUCCGCUCGCCCCGCCACGCAGCAGUAACCAUCCCCUGGUCUCCUUCCGCCAUUUACCUUCUCCAGCGGCCCUCGCAGGAGAGGCCCCAGCACAGCGACUGCCAGCGAGCCGAGAUCGACAUCAGCUUCGAGGAGCUGGGAUGGGACAACUGGAUCGUCCAUCCGAGGGUGCUGACUUUCUACUACUGUCAUGGGAACUGCUCGGCCGAGGGCCGAACCACUGCGAUGUUUGGGAUCACCCAGUGCUGCGCACCAUUCCCGGGGACCAUGAAGUCUCUGAAGAUCACCACAACAUCCGACGGCGGGUACUCAUUCAAGUACGAGACCCUGCCCAACAUUAUACCUGAAGAGUGUACGUGUAUCUGAACAAUAGGGCCAUUAAAACCAGUGUAUCAUUAAAAAAACACAUUUCUUUGUAAUAAUUGAUAAUUGAUUGAUAAUUGAAAUAUGUAUACAAAUACUGCAUACGAAAUUAUUAAAGUGUAGUGAGUUAAAAAAAAAAUAAGGUGCCAAAAAAUGUGAUAUAACCCUGUCAAGUGCUGAUUUUACAUCACAAAUAAAAAGUUUCUACCGAAAAAUAUUUCUUUUCGAAUUUACUGUUGCCUGGUUGUUUUAUCAAGAGAAUUGUGUAUAAAUAAUAAAUGCAAAAAUCGAAUUACUAUAUCAUUGGACUUUUAUUUUUUCCAAAAAAUGUACAAAGACCUACUAGGCAAUUUCUACCUCAGCAUUAUGAAUCGAAAAAAAACAAUCAACAGAACUAAGGAAAUUAAAAAAAAUUGCAUGAUAGUCUUCGAUUGUAUGUCAAAGGAAUUAAAGGUGUAUUCCUCACAAAUACAAGACCAGUCACUACGAAAUAAGAAAAUAUUUGCUUAAAAAAAAAACACCUUUAAAUUAUGCAUUAUUUCGAUUUUUAGUCUGACAUUCAUUUAGAUACAGUAUAUUCUCCAGGUAAAACUAAAGCUUGUGACUGCUUUUCAUCUACCCUCUAGAGGGCACUGUAGGCCCACUUUUAAUACCUACACUAACCGUAUGACUUCUGAUGAUACACAAUAUUACAGCUUCAGUAAACAUCAAAAUAAAUGAUGAUUGAGACUCAGUCCCGAUGUCUUUUAUCCUAGAUCGCUUUUAAAUUAUUAAUUUCGGUCAAAUAAUCACAGACACUUCGACCAAAAAAGAAAAUAACUUGACCAAGGAAUUCCAUUCAAAUAUAUUUAUUUUCUCUGAAGACAAAAUAAUCUCUACAGUUACAAAAACUACAAAACUUACAAUUGAAAAAAAAGUUGAAGGAUACUCAAAAUGGAAUGUCGUACCUUGCAAUUAAGUAGCAGUGAGAUGAUUACAAGAAUACAGCAUCAAACAGCUCUUUGGCAGUCUGUAGGUUCAGUUUUCCAGCCACAGAUCAUAAAACCAAAAUGACAGGCUAUGAAAUAAAAAAAACAAAACAACAACUUUGAAUGCUAUUGAUCGGAAGAUUACAUGUUUAGUGUUGUGUGAAUAAGCAGUGUUCAUUUGUUUAUCAGCGAUUUUUUUAUCCCCCAAGGAGGCAGAAAGACAUCCACGUUUCAGCCCUAAAGAUAAAGUGUCGGCGCGUGUCAAGAAUGGAAAA